AUGACCGCGAAGGUCCUCCAAGUGGAUAGCCAGUAUCUCUACGUGCCCGGCUGCAUGAUCAUGUCUUUCGAUGAUCCUUCGACACGGACAGCGGAAGUCAAACUCGUCCGCGUCUCGCAAGGCGUCGACCUAGGCCGUCUCUCUGAGACUCACAACAUCUACAAAAACGUUAUCCACGACGUUAUAGGCAUCGAAGAAGCAACUCAAGAACUAGAAGACAUCAUGAAACGCAAACCCCGGUACAACAAACUCAUCAUCGUGCUAGUCUGCGGCCUAGCCACCGCCAUGGUCGGCCCAUUCGCCUUCGGCGCCAGACCCAUCGAUAUGCCCAUCAUAUUCUUCAACGGCUGUCUACUCGGUAUCAUGCAACAUGUCAUCGCCCCCCGCUCAGUACUCUACUCCAACGUCUUCGAAGUCACAGCAGCAGUGCUAACCUCAUUCAUUGCGCGGGCCAUUGGCAGCAUAACAACCACCAUCCACGGAACACCACACCAACGCCUCUUCUGCUUCUCCGCCAUCGCCCAGUCCUCCAUCGCCCUCAUCCUCCCAGGCUACACAGUCCUCUGCAGCAGUCUAGAACUCCAAUCCCACAAGAUCGUCCCCGGCUCCAUCCGCAUGGUUUACGCAAUCAUCUACUCCCUCUUCCUAGGCUACGGCGUCACAGUCGGAACAACCAUCUACGGGCUCAUCGACCGCUCCGCAACAUCCAGCACAACUUGCCCGAACAUCCUAGGCUUCAAAAACCCCUACGUCGCCCGGUUUCCCUUCGUUAUCGCCUUCUCCAUCUGCCUCCUGAUCAUCAACCAGGGGAAAUGGAAACAGGGCCCGGUAAUGGUCAUCAUCUCCUUCACAGGCUACGUCACAAAUUACUUCGUAACGAAGCGCCUCGGGACAAAUACACAGGUCGCCAAUACCGUCGGUGCUUUCGCCAUAGGCGUCAUGGGAAAUCUGUAUAGUCGGCUGUGGCAUGGCCAUGCAGCCACGGCUAUUUUACCGGGAAUAUUCGUCCUCGUUCCGUCUGGGCUUGCGGCGUCUGGGUCGCUGAUCGCCGGUGUUGAGUCGGCGGAUGCUAUUCGGUCGAAUAUCACUCGUAAUGCUAGUCAUGGGGAUACUCAGUCUACCGGGGUGGGACAGCAGAAGUCGGUUCAGGAUUUGGGGUUCGGGAUGGUUCAGGUUGCCAUUGGGAUUACGGUUGGAUUGUUUGUGGCUGCUUUGGUGGUUUAUCCGUUGGGGAAGAGGAGGAGUGGCUUGUUUAGCUUUUAG